AUGAUGCCAGUGGAGGAAUUACAAUGUACCUUUAAAGUUGACAAACAACUGAAGUUAACAUCAGGAGAUACAAUAAUAUUGGAAUUUCGAGCAAGAUCAGGUGGAAAACUGGCACUUAUGAAAAUAGACGACGGUGCUGUGACCGGAGUUGAGUUUUAUAGUGGCGUAACAGCUAUUGAUAUUUUGGAGUUCAAGUUUGAUUUCGAUGUGCCAUCUCAUUGCACAGAAACUUCCAUGUGUUCCAAUCAUCCCAUGCAAUUGGAAAAUGAUAUCACAUCGAUCGAAAUUCGUCCGUAUUGGUCUGGUUGGACCGAUCGGCUUUCUGGCAUUUCUAGUUAUACUUUUGAAGUAUGGAAGAUGGAAUAUAAUGUUAAAGCGGAAGGAUUACAAGAACCUCUCAUAACAAAUGAUACUAACCCUUCACCUUUGUUUAUAACUAAUGUAAUGGCUAACGACUCGAUUUACCCGACUUACAAGCCGACAAAAGCUGGAGUGUAUUCAUGUAUACUAGAAGUGACCGAUGUCGCGAAUAACUCGGAAUACGUCCGACGUAUUGUUAUCUUUGACGAUAACUCAGAUUUGACUAUUAAUAUAUCUAAUAGCCUAUUUGUAUCAUCUGCGAAUUUUGAAACAAACUUUUUGUGGCAAACAGACUUCAAACAUGAUGUUAAAAAUGAUAUGACGGUAAAAUGGGAAGGUUUGUUCAGCAAUUCUUUACAUCAUGAGAAACAUCUGUUGGCAAAAGUUUUAGACUAUAAACCACGAUUAAGUGAUAACAUACGUCGUCAUAACUAUAAACGAAUCUUGACAAAUAAUGAUGACCAUGAAGGAGACAGAACAAUUGAUAGCAUUUCUAAUAUAAAUGGUAUCGUUAAGUUCCAAAUAAACCAUGAAAUUGUCAGUAGACCAUCGUUUGUGGAUCCUGAGGACGGAUGGGAGGAUAUUUAUCCAAUAGCAGAACAUUCUGUUCUUGAAAUGGCUGCAGGCACAAUAGGAGAUGGAGAUUCACAGCAAAUAUGGGUUCGUGCGUUCGAUGUGCUUGGUCGCAACAAAACACAAACUACAGUUAUUCAUUAUGAUCAAAGUGGACCAGAUAACUUUUUAACAAAUAAAGAAUAUAAUAUAGAAAAUGGAGCCCACACUUUUUCAAGCAGGAUUGAAUUUGUAUCCCGGGAUCUUCAUAGUGGUGUGGCCUAUGUUUCAAUGCAAAUCGUGCUUAACGGAACAAACAAUAUCAGAUUCGAACAAAAUAUUUCUGUGGAAGGAAGGACCACUGAAUCAUGUGCUCUUACUCAUGACUGUUACUGUGUACCAAUGGGAUUGUGUUUUAUGAGGAACUUAACCAUCGAAAUUAAUAAUUGUCAUCUUGGUGUGCCAAUAGAUGUGAUAGCGAAUGGAUAUUAUAAUCUUAAUAUCACAUCACACAACACAGCAUCAUUAAGCACUUCUACAUUGAUCAAAAUAGGGGAGAUCACAAAGUUUGAUGGUAUCAGUAGUUAUCCAAGUCCUUCAUUUGUUACUACUCUCAACAUUACAAAUCGAGCAGUGACCAUACAAUGGACAAAUGCGUCCACAUGUUAUCAACGAAUGAGAUAUAUCAUCUUGCUCUAUAAACCUAAUAAUACGACAGAAUCAUUUGAAAUUGAUAAAAAUGCUGAUACGUAUACAUUUGAUGGCCUUUCACCUGGUACCACUUAUACAGCAGAGAUAUAUACGGACUAUAACACCAAACCAAACUUUACCCGUAGUCCAAUACCAUAUGAACACACAUUUAAAACAGCUUCCUUUUGUUCUCAUCUACAACCCUGCUAUCCUGGUCAUUGCAAAAGUGAUAUUGAUGAAUGCAUCUGUACUAAUAGUUUCAGUGGAUCUACUUGUUUACAAUUCGACGAAACGCAUUCACCUUCCUUACAAAGAAGUGCAGCAAAAUUUACCUACUUGGAUUUGAGUACUAAUACUGUGAAAUACACCUAUCAAGUGAAUUCUACCGAACAUAAUUUGACAUGGUCAAAUCAGGAAAUGUUUAAUUCAAUGAUAUUUGAACUGGAGGCUUCUUUUGACGGAAAUGUAUCAUUCGGAUCACUACCUGAAUAUCCGAACUACCUGAAUAAAUCUGAAUUUGGUAUUGUGGAGGGAACUAUACAAUUCACACAUACAUUCCAAUCUACAGUUAAAAAUAAAACAGUUCUUCAAUGUACUGAUCCAAGUGAAGAAAGUCCGAUACCUGCACUGCAUUGUAAUAUUCAGCUUCUAAAUACGUAUACAGUACCGGUAUCUUCUGGAGACAUAAUGACUCUAGAAUUCAUGGCACAUUCUGGUGGCUACAGGAAACUAAUAAACUUUGGCGAUGGUGUAAUGACCGGGAUAGAGUUUUAUCAAGGGCAGUCAGUUCAACAGACAAUGGAACUCAGAUUCGACUUUGAUACUCCUGUACACUGUACAAAAACUUCAUCUUGUGACGACAGUCCAAUGUAUCUUGAAAAGGACAUAACAAAGACACCUAUCAAACCUUUUUGGUCUGGUUGGGAAGAUAAGAUUUCAGGAAUUCAUAAGUUUACGUUCGAAGUUUGGAAGUUGGAUUACGUGUUGGAUAAGGAUGGACUGAUGGAACCACAAAUUACUAACAUGACAAAUCCUAAACCAUUAUUUCUUAAGGAAAUGUUACUAAAGUCGAACAUAUCAAACCUACAAUUCACCCCAGAUCUUUCUGGAGUUUACUCUUGUAUAUUAGAAAUAAAUGACAAUGCCAAUAAUUCUGAAUAUGUCCGACGCAUCGUUAUAUAUGAUAAAACAUCUGAUGUUUCUGUAAACGAGUCCAGACGACUCUUGGUUUUAUCUGCGGAGGUUCAAACAAACUACACAUGGCAGACUAUUUACAGCCCUACUGGCAUCAGCAUUAUCAACGUUACAUGGGAAGGACUAUUCUCAAAUCAGAAUCAUUCUGAUGGUCAUUUUCUAGCUAGUGUGUUACCUUAUGAACCCAGACUAAGUGACAACAUGUCACGCCAUGGGUAUAAACGUAUUCUUUCUGAUUUUGACGACCACGAAGGCACAAGAACAUUAAAUGCUACUGAUAACAUCAAUGGUAUCACCAGAUUUGAAUUAGUCUAUGAAGUUGUUGGUUUGAAGAAAUCACAAACGCCAACAACUGGGUGGUAUGAAAUAUUGCCAUUGAUGGAAUCUACAUCUGUACAAAUGGCAACUGGAACAGUAUCCGAUGGUGAUUUAUUGCAACUUUGGAUCCGAGCAUAUGAUAUCAUGGGGAACAACAAAACAAAGACUUCAUUGCUACAUUUUGAUAAAAGUGGUCCUGAUAAUUUUAUCAAUGAUAUUCAGUACAACAUAGAGGAUGGUAAAACUGUUUUUACAACCAGAUUUCCUUUAAUAUUCCAAGAUCUUCACAGUGGUAUCGAAAAUAUUUCUAUAGAUAUUGUAUUAAAUGAAACUGGGGAAAUCAAAUAUAAAACACAUGUUGAUUCCUUUUCGAUGACAAAGACCUCCUGCUCAUCUACGCCUGACUGUUAUUGUGUACCAAAUGGACAAUGUUUUAUGCGAUCUGUAAAUUUGGAAAUUAAUAAUUGUGACCUUGGUGUUCCAAUUUCUUUAAUAAAUAAAGGAACAUUCAACCUGUUAGUAACCUCAGUGAACACAGCAAGUUUACAAACAAGAUCUAUAUUUCAGGCAGGCGCAGUGAAAUUGUUUAAAGGAAUAGAUGAAUAUGCAAGUCCUUCUGCAAUAUCUGUUGUUAAUAAAACGAAUAGCCAGAUUGCAAUUAUGUGGACAAAUAACCCAACAUGUUACAAAAGACACGGAUUCGUUAUUCUUUUUUACCAACCAGACAAUUCUUCACAGACAUUCAACGUUGAUGCAAAUUCUACUCUUUAUACAUUUGAUGGCCUUUUCCCCGGUACAAAAUACAGUGUUGACGUAUAUACCCAGUAUGGAAAUGGAACACAUAAUACCAUGAGUCUACAGCCACGUUCUGUGACUAUAACAACCAACCAAUUCUGCUCCCACUUACAGCCAUGUUACCCCGGUAACUGUCACAUUGAUAAUGAUGGCUGCUUGUGUUCCAAUGGAUUUAGUGGCGAUACAUGUUUACAUAUUGACGAAGUGUAUAUACCUGAAUUACUAAGAAUUAAAUCAACUUUGACUCGCAUAGAUACAACUACAGGGCAUGAUAUACCAUUCGUUUUAAUUAAUGCAACACACAACUCGACAUGGUCUAAUUUAGACCAAUUCGAUAGCCUUGAACUCUAUAUAGAUGCAGAAAUCCAUACCAACUCGACAAUUGGACCCCAACCAAGUUACCCAAAUUACAUGAAAUCAGCUCGGUUUGGAAUAGUUCAAGGAAAUGUACAAAUUAUGCAUAAAUCGUUAAGCAAAGGAGACAAUAUUACAGUUGUGUCAUGUAGCAACAUCAGUGGUUUAAACCCUGUCGACAAAAUGCAUUGUGUGAUAAGGGUAGAGGGAGGAUGUAGUAAUCCGAAGUCUGGAGAAUCAUGUCUUAUAACAUGCAAUGUACAAUCAGGUGGAAAUAGACAACUUAUCAACAUAGGUGAUGGGACAGACACAGGAACUGAAUUUUAUAUCGGUUCUUAUGUCACACAGAAUCUGGAGUAUAGAUUUGAUUUUGAUGUACCUGUUCAUUGCACACAAAACACCAUGUGUGGCGAGACAUCAAUGGCGCUUAUCAAGGAUGUCACAACGACAAAAUUUCGUCCAAAUUGGUCUGGUUGGAUGGAUGCCCUUUCCGGAGUUUAUAAGUAUACUUUCGAAGUUUGGAAAAUGGAGUAUGUACAAUCGGAAGAUGGACUACGUGAACCUCUAAUAACAAAUUCCUCGAAUCCUAUACCGUUAUUUUCGUCCAUAAUAUACGAUGAUAAUAUCGUUUUUCCUGAAUACGAACCACCUGAAGCUGGUGUUUAUUCGUGCAUCUUAGAAAUAAACGAUAAGGCGAAUAAUUCUGAAUAUGUCAGGAGAAUUGUCGUGUAUGAUAAAACUUCUGGUGUGGAAAAAUUAAAUUCUACAGGUCGUUUAUAUGUUUCGUCAGCUUCAUCCUCUACUAAUUAUACAUGGCAAACAAGUUAUAGUUCUGGCGCUUCUUCUCCUGUAGAAAUCCAAUGGCAGGGUCUGUUUUCCAAUUCAUUUCAUGAGCAACAAAAAAUUUUGUCAAAAGUUUUGGACUAUCAACCCCGACUAAGUGACAAUAUAAUGCGAAAUAACUAUAAGCGCAUACUACCACAAUAUGACGAUAAAGACGGAGACAGAAACACAAGCUCUAUAGCAAACGUUCAUGGGAUUGUCAGAUUUGAAAUCGCACACGAAAAGGUUACUGAAAAGAAAUCAUAUCUUCCAAGUAAUGGAUGGGUUACUGUGGUACCUUUUGCUGAAAACAAUACGCUUCAAAUAUCAGAACGUACCAUAGGUGACGGGGAUUCUCGUCAGAUUUGGAUUAGAGCUUUUGACAUUAUGAACAAUAGUAACUAUGAUACAACUAUGGUUUACUUUGAUAGGAGUGGUCCAGUUAAUCAUCUAACUGGUAAAGACUAUAAUGCAGACGGACAAUAUAAAUUUACAAGCAGAUUUACAAUAAUCACUCAGGAUUUACACAGUGGAUGUACACACGUCUCUAUUCAACUAAAACUUGAAAACUCUGAUGAUGUUAAAUACCAAACCGAAAAAAGAAUGGAAAUUACGAAUAACACGUAUUGUAAUCAAGACCCAGAUUGUUACUGUGUGCCAAUGGGACUUUGUUUUUUGCGCAAAAUACAAUUUGAUGUGGAUAACUGUCUCCUUGCAGUGUCAUCAGAGCUAUUAGAUAACAGCAAAUAUAUUCUGGUUGUUUCAUCCUCUAACACAGCCGGUCUGAAUACGACUUCUAAGUUCGAGAUCGAUGUAAAGAAUAUCGUUGGAAUAAACGAAUAUUCAAGUCCAUCAUCAGUAUCGUUCAUUAACAAAACAAAGACGGCCGUUACUUUACAAUGGAUCCACCCGACAACAUGUUACGAACCAACCAGAUAUAUCAUACAUUUGUUACAACCACACAAUUCUACCAUAGAGUUUGAGAUAAGUCCGAACGAUACAUCAUUUACCAUAACAGGUUUAUCUUCUGGUGUAUCCUACAGUGUAGAAAUGUAUACCGACUAUGGAAAUCUUUCUUACACUGUUAGAAGUGCAAAUCCAGUAUAUAUACAAUUCGAUACAUCUGAACCAGAUGUAGAAAGUAGCAGCCUGAACCUGAUCCCCAUCAUUGUAGGGUCAGUUAUCGGCUUUAUUCUACUAGUUAUUCUAGCUAUCGUAGCAACACUGUAUUUCCUGAAACGACGACAUCGCAAUUUGUGUGUUGGGCCAAUCUCAGAACCGGAUGUUAUAAACAAUACUGCUAAAGCACCGAUGAUUAAAGUAUCACCUUCUAUCAUAAGGAAAAUGUCAAUAAGUGCUCUAUCAAUUCCAGAAAGUCCAUCAUUAGAAAAAGCAAAUAAGAGAUUGCAAACAAACAUAUUUGAUAUAAGUUUACCAAAAGGAAGAGCCAAAACAUUGCCUCCUUUACCACCAAUGAGUUCAACUAUGCAAAAACAGCCUUUAUAGAUUUGAUGUUGGAUAGUUUAAGCUGAUAUGUUUUUCGUGUAUGAUUAAAAAAAAAUGCUUUAACCACCAAAGUUUAUUAAAAAUUGUGAACACAAGAUACGCAGAUUAUAUUUAAAUAACCAGUUACAGUUUAAUGGUGGCAUUUAAUUAACUAUAGUACUGUUUGUGUCAUAUUUAUGUAUACUUUUAAAUAUCAGAAAUGAAAAUUAGUAUA